CACGCGCAUACGUAAAUACGAGUAUAUAAAUACACGUGAAAUCGAGUCGCUGCCGAUUAGUGCUGAAUUCCGUUCCGACAUGAGCAGUGCCGCGAUCACCGGUUUAGGAGUUACGCAAAAACCAUCCGUCGUGUCCGCGGACAAGAUGAUGAGCUACGGCACGUACAACAGAAGAUCCGCGGCCACCAACCGUCAUCGCGGCGCCGACGACGACAACGACAAUGACGACGACGACCGCUCGUCCGAGCUGUCCGACUCCGGGCACUUCCUGGCCAAGGGCGCAUUCCUGAUCACGCCCAGCAACGAGCUGAACCUGGAGAAAGCGACGGCCAUCUGCGAGAAGAUGAACUACAAGGGACCGUACUCGGUGACGAAGACUGCGACCGGGAUACUGUUCAAGUUCGCCGAGCAGGACGACUAUCACGUGACGUUCCGCAAAGGAUUCCAUAAGGUGACCAAUUCGAGGUUCUACAAGAAGAUCCCUAUACCAUGCAGACCCCAGAAGACGUUUUCAGUUUUGGUAUACGAAAUCCCUGAAGAUAUUCCCGAUGAGGACAUUCGCCAUUCGUUGUAUAAAUUUCAAACUGUCGUCGAAGUAACCAGACUCUAUCAUACAGGUUACCGUCAGUCGGUCACGUCGGCGGUGGCGGACAAGAGCGUCAUGACGUCGUCCAUGUCACAGCAAGCAGCUGCCGAUCUGCAACAGCAGCAGCCAGUGACGGCGGCCGUCGCGCAACAGCACCCAGCGCCGCCCGUGGUUCGCGUCACGUUGGCAUCCUUGGAGGAGUGCAGUGUGCUGCUGCACAACGGUCUGGACUUUUAUGGGGCCACGUUCUUCCCCGUGGAGGCCGCUUCGCCCGCCGCCAUCAAAAAGAAACCGAUUGCGCCCAACAGCCGACUAAUGGAUCUAGUGACAACCAGCGGUCAUCGUAUACGUGAUCUGUUGCCCGUGUUCGACUCCACUGGAUUCACCAAGAUUCCACCGCCGUCCAGUAAAGUGGUCAAACCACACCAAUGAACCAUGGGAUCAUCCGGUGGCAUAGCUGUCGUCGUGCAUGGUGCCCAAAAAUGCGUACAUUUUCAUAAUAUCAAAAUAAUAUAAUUUUAAACGGUUCAUUGUACUCAUUACAUUAAAUAUUAGUUUAAAUUUUAACAUGGAAAAAAAACACCUAUUUUUAAACUGUAUCGCAUACUUAAUUGUAACUCUAUACAAUACUAAUAUAACACCAACCGUUUGAAAAGUAGAUUAAAAUGAAGUAACGGCUUAAGUUAAACGCUCUCGUUAAUAUUAUUAUAAUUAUUAUUAUUAUUGUUAUAUUUCUUUUUACUAUUUAAUCUAAUAAAAAUUGCAUUCGAACCAUUGAUGGCGUCU